AUGGAGGCCCGUCUUCUGCAGCUGCCCCAGAGGCUGCUCCUGCUGGGGGCAGCCGCCCUGACUGCGUCUGCUCUGGAGACAGCCGACCUGGUGGACCUCUGCGGACAGACGUGGCACGGGGACGGGCUGCUGCUGCUGCGCUCGCACUCCCAGUCCCGCAAGUUCUACUUCGUGGCCCCGGACACCGACUGCGGACUCUGGGUGCGGGCGGCGACCCCUAGCGACAGGAUCCGCUUCCAGUUCCGCUUCUUCCUGGUCUACAGCCUGACCUCCGCCUCUCCGACGUCUCCGGAGUCCCCUGUGCCCAACGCCUCCGCCCCAGCGUCGGCAGAUGCGUGCGCCCCGGGCUCCUACCUGCAGUUCUACGAGGGUCCGCCAGGAGCGCCCCAACCCUUGGGCGCUCCUGUCUGCGGCCUGACUAUCCCUGUCCCGGCGGCGUCCACCGGGGACUUCCUGGCCCUGCGCCUGGUCACCAGAGGUCGCCAGCCCCGCGUGGACUUCGUGGGCGAAGUCACCUCUUUCCGGUUUGGUUUCUGUGGUCCCUACUUCCGCUGUCAGAAUGGCAGGUGCAUCCCCCUGAGCCUGGUGUGUGAUCUCUGGGGCAUGGACAACUGUGGCAACGGCAGUGACCAGGCUUCCUGGCCACCAGCCAACUGCACAGGUCCCUCUCAGACGCCCAGCCAGGAGGGGAGUACGGACGACACCUCUAAGCCCCCAACUGCCCCCCUAGCUCUCAGGUCGGCAGGCCCCCUUGGGCUUGCGGCCGGGAGCAGCCCCCCAGCAGGCUGGGGCCCUGUGCAACAGGAUGCAGCUCUGGAAGGUAGACGAUUCUCCUUAUCCCCCGCGCCCAUGCCUCCCACGAAGAUCACUGCCCCCUCUGCAGGUGAUGGGGAUGGGGCAGCAGGCCCGCGCUGAGGCCUGAGUGGACUCUCCCUUUCCUUCUGCAGGUCCCUGGCUGCAGAAGGUGGCGCUAACCUCCUCGCUGCUCCUAGCCUCUGUUGGCCUCCUCACUGGCCUCCUCUGGUGCUGCUGCCUUGCCCGCUGGCUGGCCUGGUGUCCUGGUGGCCAUGGCCUCUGCCUUAGCUACCCCGCUUGUUGCACAUGCCCCGGCCAGGUGGCCCCAGGGGGGCUGCAGCCGAGUAGGCCAGCCUUCCAGGGUCAGGGAGGCCAUCCGUAGACAGGCUGCCACUUCAGAGGAAGGAGAGUGGGCUCUGGGUUCUGUCCCCAUCCCCUAGCAUGCUGUCUGGUCCUGGGCAGGUCACAUAACCCUCCGAGACUCAGUCUGCUUCUCUGGAAAAUGGGAUGACUUCUGCCUCGCAGGGCUAUGGGGAAGGCCACGGGGGGGUGGGGGGUGGGCAAGUGGCCCUGUAGCUCCUGCGGUGGCUAGGACUCUGCCGGAUCAGCGAAGGCCAGGACCUCCAUGCCCAGAGUGAGGAGCAGGGGUCCUGCUCA